CGGAGCAUGUGGGGGAUUCUAUGCUUGAGCCUCACUCUCUGCCUCAUGGUGCAGACGUCCCUAGGUGCCUCGUACAACAAGGAUCCUCUAGUGGUUACUAAACACGGCACUCUCCAAGGAAAACAGAUGCACGUGGGGAAGAUGCCUAUCCACGUCUUCCUAGGAGUCCCCUACUCCAGACCUCCUGUGGGAGCCCGAAGGUUUGCUCCCCCAGAGCCCCUGGAGCCCUGGGAAGGAAUCAGAGAUGCCACCAGCUACCCACCUGCGUGCGUUCAGGAGUCCUGGGGGCAGAUGACCUCCAUGUACUUGAGCACGCGGAAGCAAUACAAGUGGCUGCGCUUCAGUGAGGACUGUCUGUACCUGAACAUUUACGCGCCAGUGCGCGCGCGUGGGGACCCUCCGCUGCCAGUGAUGGUCUGGUUCCCGGGAGGGGCCUUCCUCGUCGGCUCCGCUUCCACCUAUGAGGGCUCAGAGUUGGCGGCCCGCGAGAAAGUGGUGCUGGUGCUUCUGCAGCACAGGCUUGGCAUCCUGGGCUUCCUGAGCACUGGCGACAGCCAGGCCCGAGGGAACUGGGCGCUGCUGGACCAAGUGGCGGCUCUGCGCUGGGUGCAAGAGAAUAUCUGGGCUUUUGGCGGAGACCCGGACUGCGUGACUCUGUUUGGCCAGUCGGCAGGAGCCAUGUGCAUCUCAGGACUGAUGAUGUCACCCUUAGCCCGGGGCCUCUUCCAUCGGGCCAUUUCCCAGAGUGGCACCGCAGCAUUGAAAGUCUUCAUCACUGCCAAUCCACUGAAGGUGGCUGAGAAGAUUGCCCGCCUGGCUGGCUGCAGCCACAGCAGCACACAGAUCCUGGUAGACUGCCUGAGGGCACAGUCAACGGCUGAGCUGAUGCACAUAUCUAAGAAGAUGAGAUUCUUCCAUUUGAACAUCCAGGAAGACCCUCAAGAAAUUGUGUGGUUCUUAAGCCCCGUGGUGGAUGGUGUGGUGUUCCCAGAUGACCCUUUGGCACUCCUGACCCAGGGACAGGUUUCACCUGUGCCCUAUCUUCUGGGUGUCAACAACCUGGAAUUCUGUUGGCUCUUGCCUUAUAUUAUGAAGUUCCCACUAAACCAGCACAUGAUGAAAAAAGAAACCAUUGCCAAGCUGAUCUGGAAUACCAGCACCCUGUUGAAUAUCACCAAGGAGCAGCUACCACUCGUGAUGGAGGAGUACAUGGGCAACGUCACUGAGCAGGACUGGAAGAUGUUACGAAACCGUGUGAUGGACCUCGGUGCAGACGCUACCUUUGUGUACAUCACACUGCAGACUGCCCGCUACCACCGAGAUGCUGGCCUUCCUGUCUACCUGUACGAGUUUGAGCACCACGCUCCCAGUGGUAUAAUCAUCAAACCCUGCCCUGAUGGGGCAGACCACGGAGAUGAGAUCCACUUCCUCUUCGGGAGCCCCUUCUCCAAAGGCCCUUCCACAAGCGAGGAGAAGGCACUCAGCCUCCGGAUGAUGAGAUACUGGGCCAACUUUGCCCGCACAGGAAACCCCAACGGUGAGAAUCUGCCCUUCUGGCCACGCUAUGACGAGGAUGAAAAGUACCUGCAGCUGGAUUUUACCACGAGAGUGGGUACAAAGCUCAGGGAGGAGAAGAUGGACUUUUGGGUGAAACUGCGCCAGUCUUGAAGAGCUAAGAAGUGGAGGCAAUUCUGGUGGCUAUGGAGGACAGAGCCAAAAGGCUUGUUCCACCACCACCCAGACCUUGGAGGACUGGCCAUGGGCAUCUAGGGACAAGAUCUUGCCCACUCAAUCUAGGAGCUGCAGGAAUUCCCUACUGCCACCAGACCAGAGCUGGGGCCUUAGCCUGAUGUUUGGAGCCUUGUACCACCUUCUCUAGCUUGGCAUCUCAUGGUGCCCCCCCUACUUUACCAUCUUCAUUAGGUUAGGCCAGGCCCUUUCACCACCACUCUAUGUCCAGCUCCCCCCUCCCCCCAGCCUCAGGAUGACCGCAUCUCUCCCACUUUCCAAGACCUACUUACAACCCCUUCUAACAGGAAGUCCACCUGGGUUGUCACUGCCCUAUCAUUGCACCAGCUUGUCCUUUACUGUCCAUGCUGUUCAAACCCAUGCCUGUUGACAGUGGCUGUGAGGCACUAGGGAGAUUAUUCUGACAUGGAGCAAAGCUUCAAUAGCUUGAGAUCUUCUCCCCCAGCCACAUCCAUCUCCCCCAGGGCCCUUCCGAAGCCUGCACCCAGGAGAUUUCCUCUAUAAAGAUAUUUUGACUUGAUCUGAAUUUCCCCAUUUGCAAAGAGUUGGGUGGGAGGGGAGGUUUCUCAUUCUGAGACCUUGGCUGUACCUACGAUGCUACAUGCAGUCUAAGGGAGCUGCAGCAAAGCGUCUGCGCUGCAGAAUACAAGGCUUUUUUUCUUCACAGACUCAAGAGCACUCCAUCAGGAUAGCCACAUCAGGAUAGCCACAUCUCACGUGCCCCUGUCCAUCCAUUUAGGUCUUUAUGCUGCAACCAGAUGCCUCACACUCUGGCUUUCCUGCAACCCAACCAGAGCACAUUCCAGCCUGUCCCACAGUUUUUGUUUGGCUGUUUAUGUGUUUUUCUUUUUGGUGGUAAAAUAUACAUAAUGGGGUCUGCUUCAUAUCCUUGUGGUAAAAAGAAGCUGGAUCCCACACAGUGAACUAUGGUUCAAGCCCUGGCCCCAG